AUGAUUUCCUCCUAUCUUGCGACUGCAUUCCUGCUGGCUACGGCAUCUGCACAAUCUUGUGGACCUUCGCCUUCGGGUAAAGUCAAGCCUUCGAUCGCCUCUGGUUACAAAUGGCAGGUAGUGGCAACUGGAUUGUCUCGACCUCGUGGCAUCGCCUUUGAUGACCAGGGUAGAUUGCUUGUCAUCGAGUCUGGAUCAGGCAGUCUGUCGGCGCACACCUUGUCCGAGGAUGAUGGUGGCUGCGUGACUGUCAAAUCAUCGACCAAUGUGACGGAGAAUAUGGGAGUCAGUUCUUCCUUUCCAGACAGGACAAAGUCCGAUCCCNNAGCUAACUUUACGAAGCUCAAUCAUGGUAUCGCUUUCGACAACGAGAACCGCAUGCUUUACGCUUCCAACACCAAUGAGACCUACGGGUGGCAAUACGACUCAUCGGCAAUUUCUGUGUCAAACCAGCAGACACUGGUCAGCAACAUGUCAGGAACUGAUCACAGCACGCGUACUCUUCUGCUUCCACAGCAUGCCCCAGGCAUGAUGGUUAUCAGUUUCGGCAGCUUGAGCAACCUCGAUCUCUCUGCUACCAAUGUGGACUCUGGCACUGCAUCAGUCAAGGCCUUCAACUUGACAAAUCGUACCAGUACAUACACCUACCAGGAUGACGGUCUGCUACUCGGAUGGGGCUUGCGUAACGAGGUCGGUCUUGCAGAGCAUCCAGGAACUGGUGGCAUCUGGGGUGUCGAGAACUCUGCAGAUCAAAUGACCAGAGAUGGUGUCGACGUACACGCCACCAACCCUGGCGAAGAACUCAACUUCCUAGGCUAUGUCAAUGGCACCGAGUCCGGUCAAGAAGGCUCGAACUUUGGCUAUCCAUGGUGCUUUUCAGCUUGGAACCCUUCAAUACUGCCCAACAACGGAGGGAUCGAGGUCGGCACACAGUUUGCCAUUGAUGCAACGCCAGAUCUGGACAACCAAAACAAGACGGACGCUUUCUGUGCGGACCAAACUCAAAGUCGACUAGUAUUCACCUCACACAUGGCCCCUUUGGAUAUCAAGUUCAACGACACAGGCAGACAGGCAUGGAUCACCUUCCACGGCAGCUGGAACAGUCCCAACCCUGUCGGCUAUAAAUUAUCGCUAGUCAAUUUCACAGAUGCUGGCGAGCCGGUCGAUGAGCUUACAAGCAAGACAGCGGCCACAGACAUCUUUGCAAAUGCAAACAACUCGGCCUGUCCCAACGACUGUUUCCGUCCUGUUGCAAUGGCGCUCGACAAUCGAGGCAGAAUCUUUGUCUCGUCUGACGCAUCAGGCGAGAUUUAUCUUGUCACUCGGGACGAAACUUCCAAGGGUUCUGGAGGCACUUCGACUGGUUCAACUAGCUCCUCUUCAUCGUCCUCGUCUAGUGCGCCCAGCUCGACAACUUCAAACACCUCGGCCGGUGUUAGUGUAUCUUCAGGAUAUUCAUCUUUAAUCUUGAUGUCGUGUAUCAUCGCUGUAAUAGCUUUCAUUCACAUGUAG